UCGGUAGCCUAUACCUAUACUCUCUUCUUUUGUUAAUUUUUUUUUUUAAUUAUGUUUAUUAUUAUUGAAACGUAUAAUUAAGAUAGGUAAAACAUGUAGCAUUCUCAAAAUUUCAUUCUAGUUGUGCUUAUGUGUUUCAGUAACAUAUGUUGGUUUCAUUUAUGUAUUCGAUCCUUUAUUGACAGUUUAGAUUUGUCUGACCGUGACUUCUAUUUUAUUGUACGUCAGGAACGUCAGUAUUAAAAAAAACAUUUAUUGUUGACGUUAGAUUUUUAAAAAAAUCCUUCGACCGUGUAGAGAUGCCGCGGUUUCAGCAGUCGUUACGUCACGGUUCUUUGGGUUAGCGAAGGCGGUUUGGGCUGUAACAAACAGCAGCAUAGAUAGCUACACUACAAUUCACAAUAGUAUUUUAUUAUACUUCCGAAAUGCUGACACAUGCGCGCUCACGUUUGUUCGCCAACGACAUCAACAACAUUAAACAACAACCGGUUCAUAAUGCAACGAAUAAAUAAGAGCUAUUCGAUAACUAAUUGUGCGAAUACGUACUGGUGAUUUAACUUAUACCCACAAACGACUGUAUGUUCAUGUUAGUUGUUGCGGUCAGACAAUAAUCAAAUAAGUAACUACUGCGAUGGGCGAACAACAUCAGGAACUGUUUUCGGCGAUUGAUAUGCCCAACACAUAUCUCGGCUUAGACUUAAGUACCCAGCAGCUUAAAGGAGUAAUUGUCGAUGAAAAUUUGAACAAACUAUUUGAAGCUUCUGUUCAUUUUGAUUUGGAACUUCAAGAAUUUCAUACUCAUGGAGGUGUUCUUAGAGAUAAAGAAAAUCCCAGGGAAGUGACUGCUCCUACAGUUAUGUGGGUCAAAGCUUUGGACGUACUCCUUGAUAAACUGCAAGUAUGUGGAGCAGAUCUCAAUACAGUUGCCGCCAUUUCAGGAUCGGGACAGCAACACGGUACAGUUUACUGGACAAAUGGUUCUCACAAAACUUUAAAAUCUUUAGAUCCAUCUGGAUUUUUACAUACUCAAUUAGCAUCAUGUUUUUCAAUAGUGAAUUCACCUGUAUGGAUGGACUCAAGCACCACAAAACAAUGUAAAAAACUUGAAAAAUCUGUGGGAGGAGCACAAGAAUUAGCUGAACUAACUGGGUCAAAAGCUUAUGAAAGGUUUUCAGGACCACAAAUUGCUAAAAUAGCUGAAAAUCGACCAGGAGCUUAUCAAAACACAGAGAGAAUAUCACUGGUGAGCAGUUUUGCAUGUUCUCUAUUUCUUGGUGCUUAUGCCCCUAUUGAUUGGUCUGAUGGAUCAGGAAUGAAUUUAAUGGAUAUAAAGACCAAAAAGUGGUCUGAAAAAUGUUUGGAAGCUUGUGCAUCAGAUCUUGAAUCAAGAUUAGGAUCAACAAUUCCUUCUGGUACUGAGUUAGGCCAAAUUAGUAAUUAUUAUGUAGAAAGGUUUGGAUUCAAUUCCAAAUGUAGAGUAGUAUCCUUUACUGGAGACAAUCCUGCUUCUUUGGUUGGUCUUUGUCUAAGAAAAAAUGAUGUAGCCAUAAGUAUGGGAACCAGUGAUACCUUGUUUUUAUCAUUAAGUGAACCAAAAAAUUUAACUGAAGGACAUGUGUUAGCUAGUCCGAUUAAUAAUGAUGCUUAUAUGGUUUUACUAUGUUUUAAAAAUGGAUCACUUACUCGUGAAAGAAUACGGAAUCAUUAUGCUAAUGGGUCAUGGGAUGAGUUCAAUACUUUAUUGGAAAGAACACCAAAAGGAAAUUUUGGCUACAUAGGUUUAUAUUUCGAUGAACAAGAAAUAUUACCUUGGGUUCAAGGUGAUUAUAAAUUUGAUAAAAAUGGUGUUCAAAUGGAGAAAUUUCCUAGUCGUGAAAUUGAAAUCAAAGCACUUGUAGAAGGUCAAUUCAUAGCUAAGAGAGCACACGCUGAACAAUUAGGAUUCAUAAUUGGCCCUGAAACGAGGAUUAUAGUUACAGGAGGUGCUUCUGCUAAUAGUACUUUGCUUCAAAUUCUAUCUGAUGUAUUUAAUGCUCCUGUUUAUACACAGGAAGGAGCUAAUUCUGCUGUUCUGGGUGCUGCUUAUCAGGCUAAACAUGGUAUAAUGCGUAAUCAAAAUAGUGGGGGUGACUUUUUCCAUUCUGUUGUUAACACUGUUAAACCAGCAAAAUUAGCAUGUUCACCACACAAAGAUGCAUAUGAAACAUACACACCAAUGGUUGUACAAUAUAAUAAUAUUAUGAAACAAAUAUUAUCAAAUGGUACAAAAUAAUUUGUUGUGAUUAAAAUAUUUUUAUUUGUUACCAAUUAUUUUAAUGUUAUUGUUAAUGAAAUUUAUAUUAUUUUAUUGUAAUUUUAAAUAAAAAAUCUAGUGAUAAACACCUUA